AUGAGCUACACCAUUGACACGAAUUUGGCCGCCAGCCAGGUUCCCGACGGCUUUCUGUCCGAUACUUCCGACUUCCUGUGCACACUGUUCGACCGGCCCAAAAAGGUGAUCAUGGGACAACUGCGAUCAGGGCAGGAGUUCGACUUUUCGGGUUCGACCGACCAUUGUGUCGUGAUGAACCUGACCAGAGGAUCGCUGAGGCCAAACACGUCGACGGACGAAGAAGCUAUCGAACGGUACGUGGCGGCCAUCAGCGAAUACCUGCAAAACGCGCUCGGAGUUCCCAAGUCCAGAAUUAUGAUUUUUUACUACGAACACGACAUGGCGCUGAUCGGCAACAACGGAAGAACUUUGAAACGUAUUUGGUCGGAAAUCGGCACGUUUCCUUCGGAUUGA